AUGCCAUCUGACCCUCAUCCCCAGGGAGGUAACCUCUCCGAUAUGGCCGCCACCGGCACAAAGGUCCCAAAGGACGCCGCAAAGCCCAACGUUGUCCCAUCCAACGCUGGAGAGAACAAGCCUGACAGUCUUGGUUCGGGGAUCUCGGAUAACGCUCUUGGUAGCACAUAUCUUGGGGAGGUUACCAGUGCUGGGGGCGGUCAGCUGCCGGAGGAUAUUGGACAGAAGUACAGCCGGAGUGGUGGGAAGGAUCGGGAGCCUCAUCAUAGCGCGCCGCACGGCGGUAGGAACCUGCCUUCUCACUAG